ACAGACAGUAAAUUAGUUAUUGUCACGCUAAGAACAUUGACUUUACUUUUAAAUGAAGCAGUAAUUGAUCGAAAAGAGCAGAACGCUUACUCGACUAUGCAUUGAAUGACCAAAGAGAAGAUGUUUGUUACAAUGUCCUCAAUAACUUACUUUUACUCGGUAAAAACGAUAUCACACUCGACAGGGAACAUGUCCUGCAACUUUUCCGCAUCAUUGUUUCUCAAGAAAAUCAAAGAAUACAACAUAAAGCAUUCCAAUGUGCUCAAAUACUGAUAGAAGCACAUCGAAAACUAAUUGUUCAAAUCAUCACUUCACCUAUGAUAGAGACAUUCAUGCAGUCCAUCAUGUCCUUUCAACGCAUACUGGCAGCAUCCAUUCAGAAUCGACAUUAUCCUCUCAUGAUUGCCUCUGCUCGGCUGUUGUUUUCUAUACUGCAAAUCGCUUUGUCACAAAAGAAAACAAAAGACGAUGCAAUGGAUGUAGAUGUUCCUUUGGUUGAGCUGAAGACAACUGCCUAUCAGGUCACAACAGCUAUCACACAAGUAGAUAUCAGCUUAAUUCAAGAUAAAAACCUGAAUCUAUCAAAACACAACAAGUUACAAGAGCUACUCAAGAUAAAAGCCAAAUUCUGUCUGUUAUUAGAUGACUGGGAUUGUGAUUUAACAUUCAAGACUGCCUAUGGUUUAUUGACACAUGCAGAUGACAAGAUAGCAGCUGUAUUACUGCCUUACUUGUCUACCAUAUCUGAAAACUGCAAACAAUUAUCCACUUGGUUCCCAACAGAAGCAUUGAAUGAACUCAACAAAAGAAUAGGAAGACCUUCAGUUUAUGUUAACUUGGUUCGUCUUUUACUACGAACUACCAAAGCCAAUCAUGAAAUGACGGUUGAACUUGUACGACUUCUUGAGCAGUUUGGGAAUUGGGAUCAAACAACUCAAAAAUACAUGGACAAUGGCUGGAAUUUGUACUUGGUUGCUAUGGAAGCAGGAUCAUGCGGAUGGUUUGAAUUGAUGUACUGUGUUAUCAACAACCUGAGUAAAAAAGUAGAAUCUGAAGCUUGCUUUUAUUGGCUCAAUUCGUUGUCUUGGUUGGCUUAUGCAGAAUGGACGUUAUCUGAUCAAAAAGAUCCUACGCAGUAUUACCUUAAAUCACUUGUUGAUUUUAAGGCAUUUCAAGUAUAUGAUCAACCCCGUACAAGUCAAUAUUGGUUCAUUCAACUUCGUAUGGAACUUAUUCAGACUAUCCAACAAGCACUUGGGAUACUCAAUAUAAAAAACACACGAAAACAAUCAAAGCAAAUGCAGAUGGUUGCUGUUCAAUUUCGACAAGUAGCUAUUCGGUAUGAUUUUGUGGCUCAAUCGCAAUUUGGUAUAGGCAAGGAAGCAUUGGAUAUUCUCGAAUUAUAUAAAGUGUGCGCUCUUGUGUGUGAGCGUGCUUCCAGAACAUGUCUAGGAAACGAACAACUCUUUUUCUGCAUAGAUCCAUCCUUGAUACCAUUGAUUGAAGACGCAGAUCAUAAAUCGACAUAUAUGAAUAAUUUAUUAAAGAAGUUUAUGCAUACUAUUACAAGCUGGGAAGAGUUGAGUCAUUUGGAAGAUCGACAUUCGGCCUGUAUUAGUGAUAUGAAGAACAUUCUAGAAACUAUUCUAGCGCAGCCUUUGAUGCUACCAAAAUCCUUCUUCAAGAGCCACAAGAAUAUCAAUAUCCAAUUGACUACGGAUCCUGUGUUGAGUGAACAAAAGCCCAUGACAUUAAAACCAAACGAAGAUUUGGUUAUCAAAUUCGAAGGCCUUGUUCAAGUCAACCCACAUCUUAAACACUUGGAAAAACGUAUCAAAAAAGCUGUGAUUGUCAGCUUCUUAACAAAGGAAAAAAUACUGCAUUUCAAUGAUCGAUUAGGUAUUAACAUGUUAUUUUCUGAGCCAACACAUAUGCUUAGUAUAGACAACAAUCAGUCUAUUUUAUCACAACCUCCAACUGUUUACAUGGCCAAUGUGCGUCAUUCUUAUUUUACAUAUACUGGUUUAUUAAGUCUACCUAAAUCUACAGCAAAAAAAGAAGCUUGGGUAAAUGUGUUUGUAAAAAUUCUAGAUGAGGAUUCUGGUAUAUGGUCUGUAGGACCUUUACAAUGGGGCAAAGUGAUAUGGCAAUAAACUUUGUUAAGAAACAAUGCAUUUUCCAUUCUUUUCAUCUUUGACAGACAUUAAUUUGGCUAAUUGGAUCUGUUCAUGUUCUGUAAUUUUCCCCUGCUUUAGUCUAGACUGUAAACGGUCAAUUUCUUCUUUGCGUCGGUUUGCUGCAUUCACUCUUUCUCUUCUCUGUCGCUCCAUCUCUGCUCUCGAAGUGUCUACUGA